AUGGCCACCAAGGAGAAACUCCAAGAGCAAUGGAAUUAUCUAUACAAAGAAUACCUCCCAACUCUAGCAAAAGCGCGCGACGAAGCUCAAACCCGAUGGCCUGUUAUGUUCGACCAUUGCUUUGCACGCAUCGUUCUGGACAACAGUAUAGGGAUCGACAAGCCAUGGACAAAAGUCUUGCCAUCACCCGCAUACAAACACAUGUCCGAAACACAACUCCGCGCCGCUAUCGCUCUCGCAGAAAGAAUUGCUGCAGGCACUGCCAAUCUUGUAGAGCUGGAUGAGCGGAGUUUGCAAUUACGCGGGAAACGCGGCAAGAAACGAAGA